AUGAGUCACCAGAGGCCGGAGGAGGAAGGAGAAAGCCCCGACCCUGACCUCGCUGUCGCCGCCACAGCUGCCGCCCCUCCGGAAAAAAGAAAGGGAGCAUUUGCUGCGAAAUCUCUCUCUCCGGGGCCGCCAACCGCGGCAGGCCCUUUGCCCGGCGCUCACGCGACCAGCUGGGCCGAGAAGGGGACGGAAGAGGCGGCGGCUCCUCGGGCGCCUCUCGCCCCCAGCAGCUGCAGGCGCAGCAGCUCCUCCUCCUCCUCCUCCUGCUGCUGCUGCUGCUUCUCGUCGGGGCUGCGGGAGAGGCGGCGCUUGCCGGGGCCGCCGCUUUGCUCGCUGCCGCAUCGCCGACCGAGCAGCCCGCCCUGGGCCCCAGCCGGGAGCAAGGAGAGCCGCUCCAUGGUGGCGACGUGUCGCUUCGGAGGCGCUAGGCCGCGGCGCCGCCUUGGCAGCUUCUUCGCCCACCCACAGCGGCUGCUGCAGGACUUGAAAAUAGCCGUGUGUGUUACAGUCUCAAGGGUUGUUUUUAAACUGAUGGAACUGGAAGAGAUAUGAG